AUCAUGUUUUUUUUUUCAGGGCUGUACCAAUGUUUUUGUCUGCUUCCAGAGCUAUCUUGGGCAACAAGAGGAUUUACAGGAGGCAUUUCAUCUCUGCCCACCUUCCAUCAUGGCAGGAAAGGUUCCUAACUGGCACAGCUACCUUCAGGUGAUUCAGUCCCGUGAAUAUCAGAGAGUGCAGCAUUUUCAAAAGGCAGAAAACAUUUUAUUUAUUGUACUGGAAAGAGUCAAGACAAUGGAUCCUAGAAUUAUAGUGGAUUAUUCAAGAAACUUGGAAGCCUUGGAAUUUUCCCUCUCAGCUGCAGAAGAUGAAGUUACCAUGGAGGUUCCCUUAUGUGUCAAUGCUGAGGUUCUCUUGAUGCAACCAUGUACAGAUGAACAAAGUAAUUCCGAGAAUGUUACUCAUAGGAAUUGCCAGAUGCCAGGACCAUGCUAUUUAGGGGUACCCAAGCAAGAAACCAACCUAGAAAACUGGACCAAAGAAGAUGUGUUCAGUGCUAUGGAUGACACCGAUUCCAGAGGACAUAUUGUGCCAGGCAAAGUUCUUCAUCUUCUGAAAGAAUUGAUAGUUGCUGCCAUUGUUCACUGCAAGCACCAGAACCUUAUUAAGCCAGGUGAACUUAGUGCUGAAAGGUUAAAUGAGGAUGGGAUGCAGCUGCCUUUGUUGGUGUCCAGUGACUGGAAAAUGAUCUGCUUCAACAUUAUUCCAGUAAUGAGGAGAAAGAAGGAUGUUCUGAACAACUGUCAAGAAAGAGGUUUCCCAAAAGGCAGUCUGAGCAAAGUCACUCAAGAAGCUGUUUUCAUCCCUGCAAGUUAUCAUCACUGGAGGUACUCCACCAAUCGUCCCAUCUUGAAACUUGUUCAAAUUGUAAGCACUCUAAAGGGAUAUCGCCUGGACAGUCUCUGCCUUCUUGACCAAAUCAACCAUGAGUAUUGGAGAGAGAAAGGGGAAGAAAAGGGGCUCACAUUUCAACAUUUGAAGAUGAUAUUGCUGUGGGCUACUCAUUUUUUUCCUUCCUCUGAAGACUGGCUGAGUCUGGAAGGAUCAGUAUAUCGUCUGCUGGUGAUCUUACUCUGCUGCUUGGUGACCAAAGAUCUUCCUCAUUUUUUAUAUCCAGAGCAAAAUCUGUUCAAGAAUGAUAGUCUGGACCUAACUGCUUUGUAUCCCAAAGUGGAAAGCUUUGCCAUAAGUCCUACAUAUUUCCUAAAGUUUCAUUUUGCCCAGAGAGAAGGCAAGAAAUUCCAUCAGAAGGAUAAUGGUCUGAAAGCUUUACUUCAACUCCCAGCUGAAAACAGGGACUACUGGGAUACUGCCUUUUUUGAUAUGCUGCUUAGCAAGGUAAUUAGUUAUAAAUAUGAGGUUUAAAAUUUAUAAUUUGAUCUUUUUCCAGGCCUGUCAGUAAGAUCUUGCAAUUUUCCCAUGGAUUCUCUAGUAUAAUAAUCGAAGGCUCAUUCAAUUAUUUAUUGAUGUACUUUUACAUGUAACCAUUUAACUGCAUAUACAUAUAUAAAUUUUCUGCUUACAUUUCUUCGUGAUGUUUAGGUAUAAAUGAAAUUUAAAUAGAAGGGAAAGUUUUCCAUCUUCAUAUAUGUAAUUUUUACUACAGAUACAAUGCGUGUUCGUUAGCAUUCACUGAUGACUGAGC